UAGAAAAAGAGAAGCAAAUUGAUAUUUGAAUACUAUUAAGGAGAUUCCUUUGGGAAUAUUAUAUAUGAGGAAUUAGCGAAGAUUAAAAAAAGAGAGUAACAGAGGAAGGAGAAGAAAAGUACAGAGGUAGGAAAAGGAAGAAGAUCGGUGCUUCGAAAAUGAGGAACAAGGAUGUGGAGAUCGAGAAAGUCGAUGUACAAGACGACCCAGAAGAGAUCCAAAACGUGCCAGAUGAUAUGAAGAGAAUAGCGCCAUGGACACAGCAGAUUACAAUUCGAGGACUGCUUGCGAGCUUGGCUAUUGGGAUGAUAUACAGCGUGAUAGUCAUGAAGCUGAACCUCACCACAGGGCUCGUCCCCAAUCUGAAUGUUUCGGCUGCACUUCUUGCCUACGUUUUUAUCAGAACAUGGACUAAGUUUCUUAAACAGGCUGGGUUCAUGGCAACUCCAUUCACUCGGCAAGAGAACACUAUAAUACAGACUUGUGCAGUUGCUUGUUACAGCAUUGCUGUUGGAGGAGGUUUUGGGUCUUAUCUGCUGGGUUUGAACAGAAAAACUUAUGAGCAAGCAGGGGUUGACACAGAGGGAAACAGCCCAGGCAGCAUAAAGGAGCCUGGGAUUGGUUGGAUGACUGGUCUUCUCUUUGUUAGCAGCUUUGUGGGUCUUCUGGCAUUGGUUCCUCUCAGAAAGAUUAUGAUAAUAGAUUACAAGUUAACUUAUCCAAGUGGAACAGCUACUGCGGUUUUGAUUAAUGGCUUCCAUACUCCUAAAGGAGACAAGAUAGCCAAGAAGCAGGUUCGCGGAUUUACAAAAUUCUUUUCGAUAAGCUUUUUAUGGGCUUUCUUCCAAUGGUUCUAUUCAGGAGGAGAGCAAUGCGGAUUCGUUCAGUUCCCAACAUUUGGACUCAAAGCUUGGAAAAAUUCAUUUUACUUCGACUUCAGUAUGACUUAUAUUGGUGCUGGAAUGAUAUGCUCCCAUCUUGUGAAUUUGUCCUUGCUUCUUGGUGCUGUUCUCUCUUGGGGAGUAAUGUGGCCACUCAUUGGUGGGCUUAAAGGAGACUGGUUCCCUGCAAGUCUGCCACUAAGCAGCAUGAAGAGUCUAAAUGGUUACAAGGUUUUCAUAUCUAUCGCUCUUAUCUUAGGAGAUGGGCUCUACAAUUUUGUAAAGAUCUUGUGCUUUACUGCCAGAAGCAUCCAUGUGGGAGCGAAGAUCAAAAUCAAAACAUCUUUAGAAAACCAUAACAAUCAGAAUCUCGACGAUCUUCAACGAAAUGAAGUGUUCAUAAGAGAGAGCAUUCCAGUAUGGAUAGCUUGCAUUGGAUACAUCCUUUUCUCAAUCAUCUCCGUCAUUGUUGUUCCACUUAUGUUCCCUCAACUUAAGUGGUACUAUGUAGUUGUUGCUUACAUUCUCGCACCAUCUCUUAGCUUCUGCAAUGCUUAUGGUGCUGGGUUAACUGACAUGAACAUGGCCUAUAAUUAUGGCAAAGUAGCACUCUUCGUGCUUGCAGCAUUGGCCGGAAAAGAGAAUGGAGUAGUUGCAGGCCUUAUCGGCUGUGGCCUGAUUAAAUCCAUUGUUUCAAUAUCUUCUGAUUUGAUGCAUGAUUUCAAAACUGGCCAUCUGACUUUCACUUCUCCAAGAUCAAUGCUUGUUAGCCAAGCAAUUGGAACAGCAAUAGGCUGCAUCGUUGCUCCACUCACAUUCUUUCUCUUCUACAAGGCCUUUGACUUAGGGAACCCAGAUGGCGAAUACAAAGCUCCUUACGCUAUCAUUUAUCGAAACAUGGCGAUUCUUGGUGUUGAAGGCUUCUCAGCUCUCCCUCAUCAUUGUCUGCAGCUAUGCUACGGAUUCUUUGCCUUCGCCAUAGCAAUCAAUUUGGUGAGAGACCUUGCCCCAAAGAAUAUAGGAAAGUGGGCUCCUCUUCCGAUGGCUAUGGCUGUGCCUUUCCUGGUUGGAGCGUACUUUGCCAUUGACAUGUGUGUAGGGAGCUUGAUUGUGUUCAUAUGGCAUAAGCUAAACAGCAAGAAAGCAGCAUUAAUGGUUCCUGCAGUUGCUUCUGGGUUGAUUUGUGGAGAUGGGUUAUGGAUUCUUCCUUCAUCAAUCCUUGCUUUGGCCAAAAUUCACCCUCCAAUCUGCAUGAACUUCUUGGCAUCUCACUAGAAAUUUCGGCACAGAAACAAAGACUUGUCAUCAUAGCUAGAGAAAACUCAACUACAUGAACAACCUGAUUAGUUUGGUUCCAGACCGACGAGCAAAA